AUGGAACCCACAAACCACACAGCUGUUUCAGAAUUCCUUCUCCUGGGACUGACAGAUGACCCAGCCCUGCAGCCCCUCCUCUUCAGCCUGUUCCUGUCCAUGUACCUGGUCACCAUCCUGGGGAACCUGCUCAUCAUCCUGGCCGUCAGCUCUGACCACCACCUCCACACCCCCAUGUACUUCUUCCUCUCCAACCUGUCCCUCACUGACAUCUGUAUGGGUACAACCUCCAUCCCCAAGAUGCUGGUGAACAUCCAAACACAGCAUCAGAGCAUCUCCUACACAGGUUGCCUCUCCCAACUGUGCUUUGUCUUGAUUUUCAGUGGUUUAGAAAACUGUGUCCUUGCCGUGAUGGCCUAUGACCGCUAUGUGGCCAUUUGUUACCCGCUGAGGUACAUGGUCAUCAUGAACCCUUGCCUCUGUGUCCUGCUGGUUCUGGUCUCCCUGCUCAUCAGCAUUUUGCAUGGUCUCCUUCACACCCUCAUGGUGCUGCGGCUGUCCUUCUGCACAGACCUGGAGAUCCCCCACUUCUUCUGUGAACUCGUUCAGGUCAUUGGACUCUCCUGCUCUGAUACUCUGGUCAAUAGCCUCCUGAAAUAUUCAGUGGGUAUUAUAUUUUUUGGUGUCCCUCUCUCAGGGAUUAUUUUUUCUUAUAUUCAAAUUGUCUCCUCUAUCUUGAGAAUGCCAUCAGGUAGUGGAAGAUCUAAAGCUUUUUCCACCUGCGGGUCUCACCUCUCGGUUGUGUCCUUAUUCUAUGGGACAGGUUUUGGAGUUUAUUGCAGCUCUGCAGUAAGUGACUCUUCCACUAAGAAUACUGCAGUGGCUUCUGUGAUGUACUCUGUGGUCCCUCAGAUGCUGAACCCCUUUAUCUACARCCUGAGGAACAGGGACAUGAAGAAGGCCUUGAGGAAGCUCAUCARAAGGACUGUUUCUCUUCUCUGA